AUGCUACGACAGAUGUCCCUACGACCCGUUGCCCGGGCCUCUGGCCAUGCGCAUUGCGCAUGCACUGCUCGAAUCGCCGCCCGUCGCACGUUCACUGCCAAACCAACCCGCGCGACCGAGGAUUUCAGCUUGAACAAGCUCCACAACAAGCGACGCGACUACGAGCGUAACCGAACCGCCUUUCUCUCCGCUGGCGCGAUUGCUGGCAUCGCGUCAUUCAUAUACACGGCCUACAAGCUCAAAGUCGCCCUCGCUGCUCAGAGUGACAGCGACAAAUCCUCGAGCGCCGGAAGCAUUCGCCUAGACUCACCAAUACCGACGGAAGCCUUCAAAACCGAAGCCGGCGAACAACGCAAGGUGGUCCUGAGGGACGACGAGGGGCACGAGAUUGUGCCUACGGGAAACAGUGUCGUACAGACAUUUCCCCGAACGAUAGAUGUAAAAUUACCAACAGACACGAGAGCGGUUGGUUCUAUUGAAGCAAUCAUUUCGAGCAAUGAGGGGACUGAGUACACCCUAGUUGGUCUGGGCACGCGCACUGUCACCUUUCUUGGAAUUCAGGUUUAUGUUGUGGGCUUCUAUGUUGCCACACAGGAUAUUGCCAAGUUGCAGACCUACCUCGUAAAGAAGGUGAACUCACUCGCAACGACGUUGAUUCCAUCGGAGAAAGAAUCGUUGCGCAAGUCGUUGCUCGACCCAGCCGAAGGGGAGGAGACCUGGGAUACCAUUCUCCGCGAUGCUGGUUGCCGCUCUGCCUUCCGCAUUACGCCCGUCAAGGAUACCGACUUUGGCCACUUGCGCGAUGGCUUUGUCCGUGCCAUCACAGCUCGGUCGCAGCGGGAUUCGCAGAAAUACGGAGAUGAACAGUUCGGUGAGGCGCUCAAGGAAUUCAAGAAUUUGUUUGCGCGCGGAUCGGUUCCCAAGCAGAAGGAGAUGCUUAUGUGCCGCGAUCAGUUGGGACGGUUGUCCGUGCUGUACGAUGAAGAGGCUACAAAGGGGGCUCGCUCGCAAAUCAUGGGCAGCGUGCAGGAUGAGAGGAUUUCCAGACUGCUGUGGUUGAAUUAUCUGGCGGGUAAUAAGGUGGCAUCCGAGCCAGCAAGGCAAAACAUCAUCAAUGGUGUCAUGGAGUUUGUAGAGAGGCCGGUGGGAACCGUGGCAACACAGGUGCUGUAA